UUUCUAUUUAAGGUAACUGAUGCUUCAGUCCUGAAAGAUGCUUGUGAGAAUCAUCCCUUGUGUGUCAUUAGUAUAUUGCCUCACAUAUUAGAUUGUCAAUCUGCAUGCAGAAAUGAAUACAUUGAUAUUUUAAAGAAGGUUGGUAAUCGUUAUAGGAAAAAUUUGUGGGGAUGGGUUUGGGCAGAAGCUUUAGCCCAACCACAGUUAGAAGAUGCUUUGGGUAUUGGAGGUUUUGGUUAUCCGGCUAUGGCUGUGUUGAAUGCCAGGAAGAAGAUGAAAUUUUCUAUUCUCAGAGGACCUUUCAGUUAUGAUGGAAUAUCAGAAUUCAUCAGGUAUUUUUUAUUCAAU